AUGAAGAUCCGAAUGCUCUCACGCAAUCCUUCUGAUUUUCGCAGGGAAACUGCCGAUGAUAUAUUUAAAAUUCCUAGAAACCACAGCGCAACAGAACACCCAUUUUCAUGUGAAAGAGAAUAUGUCAGGGCGAUAAAUGCUGCCAAGCUCGGAAAAAUGAUGGGCAAGCCUUUUAUAGGAGCUCUUGAAGGAUCAACCGAAAUGGUCACAGCUAUUUCGUUAAAUACAGAGACUUUGGGCAUGGCAACUUUUGGAACAGCUGAUGGGAAGGUUCAAUUCUGGAACAUAUCAAAAAGAAAUAAAGUAGUUGAGGUUAUUGCACAUGAGAGUGAAGUUCGAGGCAUCUGCCACUCCAAUAAGUCUCAGCUGAUAUACACUUGUAGUCUAGAUGGUCAACUCAAACAAUGGCGAAUGAACUAUGAUGACAUUGUAUCAUGUUGGAAACAACCACUGAGUAGUGUUUUAAUGAAAUGGACUCCUCAUUGUAUGGAUCAUCAUCCUUCAUCAAAUGAAUUUCUUAUUGGUGGUCCAGAAUCGUGUCUGCUAUACUCUUCAGUUAAAAUUGAUGUACCGUUGCGUGAAUGGAGUUGGGGUCAAGAACCGGUUCAUGUCGCAAAGUUCAAUCCAGUCGAGAAUAAUAUUGCAUGUGCUUUGACCAAAGAUAAUUCAUUAAUGCUAAUCGACUGUAGACAGGACCAACCUAUUCGCAAGGUCAAAAUGGAUUUGAAAUUAAAUUCAUUUUCAUGGAAUCCAAUGGAACCAUUCAUAUUCACUGCUGCAUCCGAAGACUAUAAUGUUUAUACAUUUGACAAUCGUUUUUUCAAAUUCCCUCGUAGAGUUUACCGUGGUCACGUAAACGCAGUACUUGAUGUAGACUAUUCACCAACUGGAAGAGAAUUUGUAACUGGAAGCUACGACUCAACAAUUCGACUUUGGAAGUGUGAUUCUACAGAAUCGUUUGAUGUUUAUCACACCAGACGCAUGAAGCGUGUGCUUGUCGUCAAGGUGACAUUAGAUGCAAAGUUUGUUCUGUCAUCAUCAUCAGAUCAAAACGUCCGACUAUGGAAAGCUCACGCUAACGAAAUUAUUGGACCGAUUCAGCCAAGACAAAAAGCAUCCCUACAGACAUCUGAAUCUUUACGAGAGAAAUUCAAAGACCAUCCAGAAGUCCGGAAAAUUCUAAAGCAUCGUCAUCUGCCUAAAACGAUUCACGCCUCCAGUAAAGAACAUGCAGUAAUCAGAGCCAAAGAAAGGCGCAAGGAAAGAAAUACUCGUAUAUUUAAUAAAAAUGAUCUUCCAUUUGUUCCUGAUAGAGAGAAACACGUCGUCGCACAAUAUAAAUAGUCUUUGUAUCUUCGUUUUUUUCGAUACAAUACUUCGGGAUGUGCAUGAACUCAAGGUGAAUUUCGUUUAUGUAGCCAAAGACCCACCUUUUACUGAUUAUAUGAAACCGAAAGCAAUUCAAGCUUUUAGAACAAACAAGACAGUGAUCAGUUAAUUGGUAACGUAACUGAAAUACGAUGCUGUUGCGUAUAGCUAAACUGGUAUACUACACUGGCGGUCUUCAAUGAACGAGUCAGGAUUGAGAUAGCGCCUCAUGUUUUUCGCGCGAAUUCUAAAGCAUGGUGUUGGGUAGCUUGUAUGUUGUGACUAAUUAGGUUGGUGAUAUUUGGUUCUUAAGGUAAUUUUUUGUCGUUUGUUAGCCACUCAGCCCAUUCAUCGCAUCCACUUUCCACCCGGCCUCUAAUAGGUGGUGUGUUAUCGAACAACAAAGACCGUUCUUUCCUUUAAUCUAUAGGUUCUCUAAAUGCUCCGUAAUGCAUUUAGAUACCAGUUUUAUUAUAAGUUUGUAGACUUUGUACCACCCCAGCACAUAUUUUCUUUAUCAGGAGGUAACGCAUUGCAGUGACUUCAUGAACGGGGAGUACUCUGUUAAUAUGAUUUGUAACUUCAAACUUCUACUGUCCAGAAGCAAGAGGUUUCAUUUUUGUUCCAAAGAAUCUACCCCAGGAAUAACGUCCAGUAAAUGGCUUUUUUUAUGGUUUCCAAAUUUGAUUAUUUUACCAUGGUUAUUUACUUUCAUUUUUAUCCCAUUUUGGUAAGCAGUUUUAUUCAAGACUAAUACUUUAUCAAAGUCACUAAAACAUUUUGGAGGUUCUGGUCGCCUGUGGAUUGCAACUUGACAAAUGGAAAAGGAUGGUUACUUGAGGCAUGCGCUAAUCUCACAGUGACGGCUGACAAUAGACUCAGUAGGUCUGACCACAAGUGGAUAUGUUUCUGUGAUGUUUGUAUAAAUUAAUUAUCCCUUUGUACUUGAUGACUGUCUGAUUUUGAAUUUCAAGUACAAUACAUUCGUUCGGGUUCAUCUAGUUUGACUUGAUAUAAAUUGUGUUAUUUCGGAGGUUCCUACUUCGUAUAAUAAUUCAAAUACUUCUAACUGCCUUAUUGGCGUCGCAAUGGAGCGUUUGAUGAAACACUUGAACAUUCAAAUUUUGAUGCUUUAGAGGAUUAUGUUGAAAACUUCGAAAUCUGAACUAUGAUCAAGGAAGAUGUUGAGGAUGUUAAUAUUGAGGCUCAUUUCCUCACCAUUAAGUUCUCUACUUGAUUGACGCAGAAUACGGUUUACGACUACGACACUCGUCGCAAAUUAGGAGACAGAAAAACUGGAGAAGCGUUUAUUAAGCAAGGAUCGAAAUGUCCAAAAAAUCAAGGGUAUUUAUAGAUGUUAGCAUUUGUUAGAUCAACAUCAUAAUUCAAUCAAUUCGCAAGGAGAUAUAUUAUGCUAUUGUCCAGUAGUAGCAUGCCACGUUGAUAUUCUCGAAAGUUCCAUCACGUUCUGAUUAGGUGGAAAUUCUUCGGCUCCUUUAGGGCCUCUGGAGGCUCUGUUGUUUUUCUCGGAAGCCGACUGAGCACUGACAUUCAUCGAAAAAGAAGCCUACACUUUGUUACAUACUUCGACAUUUCCAGAAAAGCCUAUUCCACUGUAUGUGCAAGGAACUACUUUUAGACCAUGUAUAGUGUGCAGAUUUCGAAUGCUGUGAGGGAGAAAAUUUCCUUAAGUGAUUCCUCAGGACAUCUAGGAUUCCGCUACAUUACUCUGUCAUCCUAUUUCAAUGCCUGCUCAAAGUUAUGCAGCUAAUUCAUUGAGAAGUUGCGAAUCAGAUCACGAAGAUGAGCACAAGUUUGGCAAAUGUUUGUUCUGUGGUAAAUUUCACUGUUAUAAAUCAUGUGUGUUUCGUAAUGUUACAUGUGGUAUAAUUGGACACAUACAGGCAGUUUGUAAUACUUCCAUCUUGCCAAAUUCCUGUCUUUGGAUAUUGGCACUCUAAGACUGUUAAUAUAACACGUGGGGUUAUACAAGAAAGUGCAAUUGAUUCAUUGCUUCUUCUCUUUUUGUUGAUGAGGUUUGCGCUCUUUCAAUACGUUAAACCUUUCCUUUUCAUUGAUGACCCGAAGGUGGUUUAUUCAUUCUCUUCUCCUAUCAAAGAAAGCUAUAGUUCAGCUGUAACCCAGGAAGAAGCAAACAAGUUAUACGAACGGACUGUGCCGUGGGAUCUUUCAAAAUUGAAUUUACUCACAUUGACCUUGAAGCUGUAAAUAAGUCCCGAAAAUCAAUAGCUUUCUAAGUGUUCGACAUUGGAUGCUGA